AUGUCAUCCGCCCGGCUUGGGAGUGGAAAUGUUCUGCCAUUGCGCACGUGCACCACUGUGGCAUGGCAUCUCUUGGACGACCUCGGAAAUUUGCACACAUGUUCAGCUCACUGGGCACCGAUGUCCCCUGUUCACGAAUCCCCUCUCCUUCCUACCCGCCGAAGGGACGAGAGUAUCAAUACGAUUACCCGCCUCCACGGUAGUGGAAAGCCAAACAUCCUCGAUGCGACAUGCUUCGUUCUCGGAAUUACAAACAUGCCAAUUGUUCAAGCGUCAAAGGGACGAGAGUUGCUAUUCCCCAACGGCAGUGGAAAGUCAAACAUUGGUGUGAUGGCGAGCAGGCAGGGACUGCAGCAACGAUGCAUUCUAGUACCCGAGGACGAACAGACACGGGACUGUUGUUCUCAUGCAACUGGUUCUGGCGGUCGGGGCGACGAUGGAAUCUUGUGUCAGAUUGAGAUCACUCCUUCUCAGGUGGUCAUCACAUCCACGACGGCUAUAGCCGCGGGACUUGAGGCUAGUACUGACAAGCACAUUUGCCGCUGUCGGGAUUGUCUCGAGGUCGCCUGCUUACGGUCAUGGGAAAGACAAGAACCAAGCCUCCGAUACCCACAGACGUUAUUGGAGAUCCUAGAGGAUGCUGCUGCUGUUCAGGAAGCAACCCGACUCGACCUAGGACCUUACACGCUUCCGUCCCCGAUCAAGGCCGCAUGCAAGCACCAUCACUCGACCCCCUACCGACGACAAGGAUCUCAAUGGCGCGCCCGAUUCGUAUCCCCGUCUUCAAACCAAGAGACCCUGCACUCUCGCCCGCUCUUCCUCUCGUCGUCGUUUACUCCAAAGAUGCCUCUGCUCCGUGUACCAUAUCUUUCGGAGUCUCCCCGCAUAGCCUCACGCACAACCACCAGUAUCGUUACCUAUGUCGCAGAGACCGCGGCAGACGCAGGCACAAGCUAG